ACUUUUACAAGUGCUCUGUAUGGCACUGCCUUUCAGCUCAUGUGCAAGCAGAUAUGAAGCUAUACGAAGUGGCACCCAUGCUUGUUUCAGCUUCCUUGUUAACAGUAUUAAAUUGUGAAAAUGCCAAAGUGAACGAUGGGUCGGACCUGGCUAUUCUCCACACUCAACUGAAAUGCCAAUAUGUCAACCAAACGAUGAUAUGAAGAAGCCUCUUCUCUUGUGGCUGCAAGGUGGACCUGGUAAAUCCUCCCUUUUUGGCCAAUUCCUUGAGAACGGACCCCUUGGAAUCGACCCCUCGGGAAACCUGUACUACAGAGAACACACCCUUCUAAAGGAAUUCAACAUUAUUUACCUGGACCAGCCAGUUGGAUCUGGAUACAGCUUCGACAAAAACGAGAAGUACCCGUCCUCACUCGAACAGGCUUCCAACCACGUCAUCACAUUUCUCGAGCAGUUCUUGGAAAUCUUUCGUGAAUACAAAGACAGAGACUUUUACAUCGCCGGGGAGUCCUACGGAGCAAGGUUCGCCGUUGGAGUGGCGCAUAAGGUGAUGACAAACAAGUCAGACCAGCUUUCCUUGAAGUUGAAAGGGGUCAUGCUUGGCGUCGGAUUUCUAUUUCCACUUCUAGACAUCAUCAACUCUACUGAUUCCCUUUACUACACAGCGCUGCUGGACGAAUGCCGUCGUAAUGUGUUCUCUCACAGAUUCGAUACAAUUCAGCAGUUAGUUGAUGGUAAACAAUAUCCGAACGCGACUCUACUUCUCAGCCAAACAGUUCUCAACUUGCGUGGAAAAGGUGAAAAAAGUCUUUUCGGAAAGCUAACCGGCUUCAAUAACCAGGGAAGCAUUAUAGUUCCUCGAAGGCCGAAGGAAGUUCUUGCGUACUACCAUUACGCAAAUAGUACAGCAUUCAAAAAAAUUAUUCACGUCGCCUAUACGAGGACGCUUGAUGGUACGAGGCGUGAAAUAGCAUUGCAGUUGGCAUUACAUGACUUCUUUCACAACCACAGCAAAGUAUUGUUGCAUGUACUAAAUAAUUUGCACGUCCUUUUCUACACGGCACAACUGGACGACGUGUUUCCAGCCGUUAACAUUGAACAGUCGUUCACGGAGCUGCAAUGGCGAGGGUCUCAAAUCUUGAAAACAGCUCCGCGAGUGCCUUGGCACAGAGAAAACAAUUCAUCCCUUGAACUACGGGGUUACGUCAAGCAAGCUGGUGCUCUUAUGUAUGCCAAUGUAUUAUUCGGAGGUCACCACGUCUCAAUGGAUUGUUCGAGCGCUGUAAGUGAACUGUACUGCAAGUUUCUCAAAUUCACGAAGGCGCCUUCUCCAGUGCCAAGUCCCGUAGAGAUACCGGCUUGUUAGUUCCAUUCGCUGACGUGUAUGUGAUACACAAAGUACUAAAUAAAGUUAUGCUGACAGCUUAAA